GAAGGUGGUAGGAUGGGGGUAAGGAGAGCUAUGCAAACCACUUUUGGUCUGAUCAAUUCUAUUUUGCAAGGUCUGAGUCCUGGAGCAGGGAACCAGAGGCUUAUUCAUUGUUUUAGACCAGAGACUCCAUUUUGUUCUGUGUAAAGCCAACUUGCUACUCCCGGAGUGGUUAAGCCACGAAUACACCCACAGAGCUUGCUGGGGGAGGCUCAGGUAGCUUCUCCUGGAGGGUACUGGCUGGAGGAAAUAUAGUCUGGGAGGGAGAGUGAGCAAUGACAGGUGAGAAGGGUUAGCCUCUCCUCUCUCCCGUCCCGCCCUUCUCAUUGGACCAAUCCCUAGGCAACAAAGCCCAGAGCACCUGGCAAACUGCUUCACCCAGUUACCUGAUUCAUUUCAUCAUCCCAGAGAGGACAGCUCCGACCUGCAGCCCAGUUCCAGCCCAGGACCGGCCCGGCCGCUCCCGGCCUUGGCACCCCCGGGGCCCAGCAUGUUUCCUUGGAGGAAGACCAUCUACAAGAGUGUGUGCUUGUCCCUAGUUCUGCUGGUGACCCUAACGGUGCUCCAGCGCGGCCUGGCUCCCGGCCAGUUCUUGCAGAGCCCCGCGCCCUCCCCAGAGCCCGGCAAAGUCCAGAAACGUAGCGUGGCCCUCCCCGGCCCCGGCGGCUUCUGGAAGAGCCCCCGGGAAGAGGAGGCGCCGGCCCCGGGCCCCACGGCCGCAGAGGCGCCCCGGUCUUGGGACGUGAUGACCCCCAACUGCACGGCCAACCCGAACCUGACCCAGGAAGCCUGGUUCCAGAGCCUGGAGCCCCACUUCCGUCAGUUCCUCCUCUAUCGCCACUGCCGAUACUUCCCCAUCCUGCUCAAUCACCCGGAGAAGUGCGUGGGGGAGGUGUACCUGUUGGUGGUGGUGAAGUCCAUCAUCACCCAGCACGACCGACGGGAGGCUAUCCGGCAGACGUGGGGGUGGGAGCGGGAGGCUGAUGGGGGCCGCGGGGCGGUCCGCACGCUCUUCCUGCUGGGCACGGCCUCCAAGGCAGAGGAGAGGGACCACUACCAGAAGCUGCUGGCCUACGAGGACCGCCUCUACGGGGACAUCCUACAGUGGGAUUUCCUGGACAGCUUCUUCAACCUGACCCUGAAGGAGGUCCACUUCCUCCGGUGGCUGGACAUCUACUGCCCCCGGGUCAGCUUCGUCUUCAAGGGCGACGACGACGUCUACGUCAGCCCCGCCAACCUGCUGGAGUUCCUGGCCGACCGGCGGCCCCAGGAGGACCUCUUCGUCGGAGACGUCCUCUUCCGGGCCAAGCCCAUCCGCAAGAAGGAGAACAAGUACUACAUCCCGGGGGCUCUGUACAGCAAGCCCAGCUACCCGCCCUACGCCGGCGGCGGGGGAUUCCUCAUGGCGGGGGGCCUGGCCCGCCGCCUCCUCCGGGUCUCCGAGGGCCUGGAGCUCUACCCCAUCGACGACGUCUUCCUGGGCAUGUGCCUGGAGGUGCUGGGCGUGCGGCCCGUGGCCCACGAGGGCUUCAAGACCUUCGGGAUCGUGCGCAACAAGAGCAGCCGCAUGAACAAGGAGCCCUGCUUCUUCCGCUCCAUGUUGGUGGUGCACAAGCUGCUGCCCGCCGAGCUGCUGACCAUGUGGGAGCUGGUGCACGGCAACCUCACCUGCUCCCGUAAGCUCCAGGUGCUCUAGCCCUUGGCCCGGCUGGGAAGGGAGACUGGGGCCGUGGGUGGGGGGCCUGUGGGGCCAGAGGCUGGAGCUCCUGGGGUCCCGCGGGCGGGGCGUGCACUCUUGUCUCUGGUUCGGGGAGGCCGGGGGCGGUCCAGAGGGGCUGCGGGACCUCUCCGGCUGCAAGGAGGAGCGAUCUGACUGCGCCUGGCCUUCCCCCCGGGAGAGGUGGCAGGGGGUGAAGGGGGACAGAGUGCUGGGGGGAGCCCUGUCUGCCAGAAGAAACUAGCGGGGCCCGGUCACCUGCAGAGUGGAUACUGGUGGAACCUUCAGGGAGAACCUUGGGCACUCCUCGCUGUUGCUGCUGCUGCUGGCUCGUUGGCUGUUGCUCUAACUGGCCUGGGAGAUGGCAGAGUUGCCCUGGAGGACCUGUGGACUCGGCCCUCUGAGAUGGGCUCUGGUCACAUGCCAACCCGCCAUCACCCUAUUACUUGACCAUGCGUCACGUGCCAACCGAUGCUUCGGGGGGCUUCCCUCCCUCCCGAGGCUUUGCCGGACAGAAACCUCUCUUGGAGCCUGGCUGGACCCAGAGAAAUCCCAUCCCAGCACGUUGCCUCAGGGGGUUCAGGCUGCGGUGAGCCUGUCUCCUCAAUUUUAGGGUUGAGGCCUCCCCGGGCACAGACAUGCAUGGGUGCCAGAGGUCAUGCCCUCCCCCCCCCCCCCCGACACAGACAGACACACACAGACACACACACACACACAAGCACACGCACCCCCACCCUCACAGCCAGGCACCUGCUAGCUCAUGGGGCCCUCUCUGGGCCUGGGUUCAGGACACAAAAGUUGGUCAUGGGUAAGUUUGUGCAUUUUUGCAUUUUCAUGUACCCACCAUGGACACUUAACACUCUUGGAAACCUGGGGGCACAAGCGCGUACGCGCGCGCACACACAUACACCAGGGGCAACCCUUGCCAGGUAGGGUGUCCACCCAGUGCCAUCUGUACACACAGAUCUAGUCCUGCGUGUGUGCCCUCAGACAUCCACACUGUCAGUCCCUCUCUCUCUGCCAUACGUCCCCCCCAGGGCACGUCUGUACUGGGCAACACACUCGGCAAUUCAUCGUGUUCCUUUGCCAGUUCAGGGGAAGGAAGAGCCGUUCUUACUACCUCAAAGGCCCUCCUGUGCAGACUCCUUUCAUGUGCCCGGGAAGCUGGCUGGCUGGCCGCCACGAUUCCCCGGCCUGUGGGUACCCAGGUAAGAAAGCAAACAGGAAACAGCAGACUCCCGGCCAGAGCGACGGCGGGAGCAGCCCAGGCCCCUGGCCGGGUCUAACGGCUCCCAGCACCCCCCCGGCCAGCGUGCGUCGGGGGACGGGGAUCUACCGCGGGGGCCUCUGUCCCUCCCACGGGGCCGACUGAACUCUUGGCUCCACAGACUGAUGGGUUUGGGUUCUGGGAAACUGGUGUUUACUUGAAUUACUGUGAAGUUUUAUUUAUAAGAAAAUGAGGAGGGGCAGGGAGGGGAGGAGCCCUUGGGUCCCAGGGGAUUGCUGGCAGGUGUGGUUUCUCUCCACUGCCCCCCCCUCAUGCUGGUGGAGGGCGCUGGCCUGAUGGGCCGACCUCCCCUUUGCUCCCUACGCCCCGAAUCUCCGGCGGGGCGGAAAUGGCGUCCACCCCUUUUAGGAGGUAGCAGGCUGCCCCUCGGGGUUGGCCCUUCCUGCCAGAGUCCGGACUCCCAGGGUCUGUCUCGGCCGGAUGGGUUGUAGGCGAGCGCACCCGCAUUGUGUGUGCUUGUGUGUAAGUGCGCACGGCACCCUGCGCGGUUGUGGGCAGGAGAGAAGGGCAGUGUACCCAUCCCUGCUCUACCUUUGUAGGGGAGGGAGAGAGCUGUGUGGAUAAAUAUUUGUAGAUUCCCAAAGGUCUCGUUUCUAAAUAAAAGGGCUUUUUGUUCUUGUUUUGGUGAAAAUCAA